AAAGAAUAAAUUCUCGCGUUAGCUUUACAAUCUGAAAACGAAAAGCAGUCCCAAGCCCGAGGUCUUCGUCUUCCUCCAGCUAGGGUUGCGAAUCAUUUCCCUCAAUCUCUUCCUCCGUCCUCUUCUUCGUUUUCUUUGACAGGAUCGCCCGAGAACAAACGCCGCAUCCGGCGAUCCAAAUCGCGGGCGAGCGGGCGAUUUCGGCGACCCUGCUAUUGAGUUCCCUGGUUGCCACCACUGCAGCAAGUCCGGGAUCCUCUUUGCAUUUGGCCGUCGCCUUGGUUGGGAGUGUCUUGACUUCCGGAGUAGUGAUAUUAUGGCGAACAGGCACACUAUCAUUCUCAUGCAGACUUCUCAAAACAGAGCGAGCAGGACUUUCAUGGACUACGGCUCAGUGAGUCAAGCUAUGGAUGGUAUCUGCGGAUUAUAUGAAAGAAAACUCAAGGAGCUAAAUCCUGCCAUCAGAAACAUCACUUACGAUAUUGCAGAUCUUUACAAUUUCAUAGAUGGUCUCACGGACUUGAGUGCUUUAGUUUACGAUCAUAAUAUCCAGGCAUAUCUGCCCUAUGACAGAGAGUGGAUUAAGCAACGCACCUUUCAACACCUGAAGAAGCUUGCACGAUGAGAGGCUUGCUCCUUUUCGCAAAGCAAUAUUUGGUAGUCAUCCGUGUAAUAUGUAGAAUUUGGCUUCGGCAGAGAUGGUCUCUGCAUGAAGUUCAUGGAAAAGUGUUACCCCAAUCACAAUUUCCUUUUCGACGGUUUAUAUCCAAGAAUAGCAGGUGAUGUGA